AUUAUGUAAAAUCAUCAGCCAGCACUAGGGAAACCCAAGUACUCGAAUUUAAAGGGGUGGCCUAUCGUUUUAAAAUGUUUUGUACGUUGCUGUCUAUUUUAACAGCGCAUAGAAAUAAUCUGGAUCUCGGAAGAAGACAGUAGUUCCUGAACCAGGAAUAUAGGCACAAUUUAAAGCACAGAUUUAAUGGCGUACAAUUCGGUGGGCAAUGACAGGACUGGAGGCGACGCUGCCUGGGUUAUGCAUCAAAUGCAAUCAAAUCCGAAAGGAGCUUGGCCUACAAAUUAUAACAACUCGGAAAAUAACAAUUGGAACACCGCAAUGGUAACUGGCAAUCGGGAAGCGGUACCUUACCCUGGCUACCCUUCCAACUACUGGUAUCCACAGUCCCAUUCCGCAGGGCCCUAUUCAAACGCGUAUUCCUCUGGGUCAGAGGUCAACGGGCAGGCACCUUAUAAUCCCCAGGCAAUGCAAGGAUUCCCAAACGGAGUCUAUAAUCCGGGACAGUAUCCGACGGGUAUGCUGCAUCCGACCAACCCCUUCUACUGUGGAGACCAGCAGCAGCCGCCCAGGCAACCGCCCUACCCGAACCAGGGCUGCCCGGAGCCAGGGACAGGAGGGUCCUGUCAGCCACACUCACAGCAUCACCAUUACCCUAUGCCGCCCUGCCAAGGGCCUCCCGGAUACUCCCCGGCGCCUUACCCCUACGGGGACGGGGGUCACUCCAUGCCCCAGAACCCGUCGUACCCCGCCCAGCAGCCCCUGCCCUCCAGGGCGCAGGCCGAGGCCUGGUCCCACACGGGCGCCUACGGGCCCGCGCCGCAGCAGCAGUGGCAGCCGGGCACCCAGCCCCAGCCCCAGCCCCAGCACGGCCACUACGGGAGCCCCCUCCUCCCCCCGCAGCCCCCCGGCUGGCCGGGCACCGGCCCCGCCGUGCCGCCGUACGAUCCGAAGGAGCGUCAGUAUCCCGGCUACCCCCACCGGACCCAGACGAAGGGACCCAAGGCCCGGCCGGCCGGCAAUGCCCCAGGGCCGACGUCGGAGGUCAGCGCGCCGCCGCAGAUGUACGGCAAGGGCGGCAAGGGGCAGGAGCCCAAGCCGUCGCAAGGCGAGCCCCCUCCCACGGCCCCCGGGGGCCCCCCGGCCAGCGAGAACCCCGGCCUGGCGCGCGUGCAGCAGGUGCUGGGCCGCGUGUGGCUCCUGCAGGAGGACGUGGACGAGUUUGUGGGCCACAAAACGGACAAGAACUACCGCUACCUGGAGGAGCUGCUCACCAAGGAGCUGCUGGAGCUGGACUCUGUGGAGACGAACGGACAGGAGGCGGUCCGGCAGGCGCGCCGGGAGGCCGUGCAGAAGAUCCAGGGCAUCCUGGACCGGCUGGAGAGGAAGGCCUUCUGAAGGCCGGCUCUUGUUUUUUUUUUUUCGCCGUUUCUCCCUUUUGCGAAGGCUGACUCCGUGUCGGCGUUUCUGUUGAACCACAUCACCCCGUGCUUCCCCCCCUUCCCCCUCACACACACACACACACACACACACUUCCUCCAUCCCUGCAACUCUAUGCCAACAGCUUCACUUUCCCACUUUUCCCUGCACUGCCAUGGUAAGACUAGAUUGGCCAUUGACUCGUCUCCUGGCCAACAUGGCUCCUGAAAACUUUUGGGCAUAAAAGUGGACUAAAGCUUGGGAAGGAUCUGUAUAGCCUCUGAAAACAUCAUGUUAGUCGGCAUGUGGUUAACGGUUUAUUCACCGUCUUUUGUUUCCUGGGGAUUCCAAACCUAUUUCGUAACUUGUGAGACGACUUACUGAGUUUGAUUCAUAGCCCCAAACCAGCAAAGGUGAUUACAGUUGUCAGCUGUGGCCAUGCCCCUUUAAACAGAGUCCUUAAUGCAAAGUAUUUUUUGGCGGUCGUGGGUGGAGGAUCGUGGAGUGGAAACUAUUUUGAAACUUUGAACAUUUACCCACUAUGUCAUUUUUUUUAUUUUAUUUUUUGCACCAAAGUUGCUCAUUAGAUUUUCUUAUUUUUUCGGGGGUUCAGUUUAGUUUUUAGAUUCUUUAUUUUUAAAUCACCAGAUCACCAGGAUAUUUUGUUAAAUUAGUGCCAUAUCGGCAGGUGCUUUUUUCAUAAUACAAAAUAAACACAAGGUCACUCUGGAGCUUUGCAUGGAAGAAAA